AUGAGCUCUCGCGCCGUGCUGGAGCACGGCGCUACAGUGCUGCUGGGGCUGUCCCUUCUCUUAGUCUUUCUCCGCCCCAGCCCGACCUACGUUGAUGACGCGCCCAUCAAGAAGACGGUGAUCCACCAUGCCAAGCUUCACGUCCCGGCGCCCGACGCCGCGGCUCCCCAGGUCAGCGCUGGCACCCGCAUAACGCGACACGCCGCGCCCGCUAUCGUCACCGCAGAGGAUGUCGUCUCACAAAACAAUGCCCGGGUCCUCGUGCAAGACCCCCUCGUGCUCGAGUUUGAUGACUUUGUUACCCAGGCCGAAAUCGACGCCCUUCUCGGUUUGUGCCUGCCCCAACCGCCUCGCAGGCUGCCCUCUCUAGCCGUCAGCCGCGCCGUCGCCACCACGAAUGAGUUCUCAUUUGACCACAACCAAAUCCUUGCAGUCUUGGCUGAGCCCUCUUUCGCCCAAUCAACGGGGGGUCUGGAACGCUCCGUGACCUCGUACCGCACCAGCUCCACCGCUUGGUUGAUGGAUGAUGAGAUGGCAGUCAAUGCAACGGCCGCCACCAUCGUGCGUCAGCUGGAGGAGCGCAUUGGCAAGCUCGUGGGCCUGCCCGUCGUCAACCAAGAACACUUUCAAGUGCUGCGCUACAACAACAACCAGUAUUACCGAGUUCACAACGAUCUCAUCGAUGAACAGUAUGACAUGCCGUGCGGGCCGCGCGUGCUCACCUUGUUCAUCUACCUCAACGAUGUGCCGGCUGGCGGCGAAACCUCUUUUACGCGCCUCGGCCUUGCUGUCAAGCCCAAAAAGGGCAAAGCUGUUCUUUGGUACUCGGUCACCAAUGACCUUGAGCCUGAAGAGCGCACCGACCACGAGGCUCGCCCCGUGAAACAAGGCACCAAAUACGCAGCCAACAAGUGGAUCCAUGUCGGCAAUUUUGUCGACAAUUGGCGCCACGGCAACACUGGUUAAGAUGAAACUUCAGCAAGUCAUGUUGCGCCCGCCCAAAAAUAGCCCUACACCAGUUGACUGUUUCCACGAGUAGAACGGCCCUGGAAGUGGAAAAGGAGGAUCGUUGUACCAAUUCAUCGCCAGGUGAAACC